AGACGUUACACUGAACCCGAACGACACCAAGGAAACGACAACAGCACGUUCUGCUUUACGUCUCCGGUCUGUUUAGCGUCAAGUGCAUCGCCAACGUCAAUUUCUAAUCGACCCUAAACGGGCAGAUAUCGAUUUGCAUUUGCUGAGACUUCUAUAUUUCCGAUUUUUGCUUUAUUUCGUUCAGCCCGGUGGAAGAGGGCUCGCUCUAUGUUCUGUCACUACGAGGGAUUGGGGAUUUGACCGCUGCAUUUUGAGAACACUCUUUAUAUUUUUUUUUAAAUUUGGACCAAUAUCCCGAAACGCUUCUGGGUAGCUAAAGACGAAUGGCUACUUUACCGGGAACAGUGCCUCGAAUGGUGCGUCCUGCGCCAGGCCAGAACUACCCCCGAACCGGCUUUCCUCUGGAAGUGUCCACGCCUCUGGGCCAAGGCAGAGUCAACCAGCUCGGCGGCGUCUUCAUCAACGGGAGGCCGCUUCCAAACCACAUCCGACACAAGAUCGUGGAAAUGGCGCAUCAUGGCAUCCGGCCCUGCGUCAUCUCGAGACAGCUGCGCGUUUCUCACGGAUGCGUCUCCAAGAUUCUGUGCCGGUAUCAGGAGACAGGCUCCAUCCGCCCAGGUGCCAUCGGGGGCAGCAAGCCCAGGCAGGUGGCAACUCCCGACGUGGAGAAGCGCAUCGAGGAGUACAAGCGUGAGAACCCGGGCAUGUUCAGCUGGGAGAUCCGGGACAAGCUGCUGAAGGACGGCGUGUGCGACAGAAGCACUGUCCCUUCAGGUGAGGCAUCCUCUGUGAGCUCCAUCAGCCGCGUUUUGAGGGCGCGAUUUGGCAAAAAAGAUGACGAGGAUGACUGUGAUAAGAAGGACGAAGAUGGAGAAAAGAAAACAAAGCAUAGCAUCGAUGGCAUCCUCGGUGAUAAAUGUAACCGCACAGACGAGGGCUCGGACGUGGACUCGGAGCCGGACCUGCCCCUGAAGAGGAAGCAGAGGCGCAGUCGUACCACCUUCACCGCGGAGCAGCUGGAGGAGCUGGAGAAGGCCUUCGAACGCACCCACUACCCUGACAUCUACACCCGUGAGGAGCUGGCACAGAGAACCAAGCUCACCGAGGCCAGGGUCCAGGUGUGGUUCAGCAACAGGCGUGCUCGAUGGCGUAAACAGGCAGGAGCCAAUCAGCUCGCAGCUUUCAACCACCUGCUUCCUGGAGGCUUCCCCCCAACCGGGAUGCCCACUCUGCCCACAUACCAGCUCCCUGAGUCCAGCUACCCCAGUACCACACUAUCACAGGAGGGUGGCAGCACGUUGCACAGACCCCAACCCCUCCCUCCCUCCUCCAUGCACCAGGGCGGUCUCAGCGCUGACAGUAGCUCCGCCUACGGCCUCACGUCCAACCGCCACAGCUUCUCCAGCUACUCGGACACCUUUAUGAGCCCCUCGGCCUCCAGCAACCACAUGAACGCAGUCAGCAACGGGCUGUCGCCACAGGUGAUGAGUAUCCUGAGUAACCCGAGCGCGGUGCCCUCCCAGAGCCAGCACGACUUCUCCAUCUCGCCCCUCCACAGCAGCCUGGAGAGCUCCAACCCCAUCUCCGCCAGCUGCAGCCAGCGCUCCGACCCCAUCAAGAGUGUCGACUCCCUGGCCUCCUCCCAGUCCUACUGCCCCCCCACCUACAGCGCAACCAGCUACAGCGUGGACCCUGUCGCCGCAGGAUACCAGUACAGCCAGUAUGGACAGACUGCUGUCGACUACCUGGCUAAGAACGUGAGUCUGUCAACCCAGAGGAGGAUGAAGCUGGGAGACCACUCGGCCGUGCUGGGGUUGCUUCAAGUGGAGACAGGGCAGGCCUACUAAACUUAAACGCUAACACCAUCGCUAGCUAACAACCCUCACGCUACACCAAGACUUCGGAUCAGCGCUGAUUUCUUUCCGGACCAAGGAAAAAUAGCUACUCUGCAAGCUAUUUUCAUGACCACUGGAAUCAUCCGAAAUCUUGGGCGUCUAAGCUCAAAAUGGCCGAACUGACUUAUCAAAGCGCACAUAAACGAAACGUGGAUUGUCACUGGUCUGUGGACUGCAUUCACGCACUGAGCCAUUGACAACAUGUACUUUGCUGUUCAUAGUAGCUAACAAAGCCAAUCUCUCAUUUCCUUUUUGAUAUUGUUAAAAUUGCUGUUAUACAAUUAUGGUGAUUUUCGUUGUUCCUUGAUUCACGUUUGUAUCUUUUCCUGUUUAGUCAAUGUGUAAAAAUAACCGAAUGGGACCAAUGGAGCGUGCGUGAUGCGUGAAUUUGAAAAUACAUGAUUGUUUUUCAAGCUGCUCUUCCUUCGGCCCAUUCCCCUGAGCUCUUGUGAACGAUUUGACCUUCUCACUUCCAACAUUUUGUCCUGACAUUCCUAAAGAACUUGGCCUCUCGGUGGGAAGUCUGGCUGGAUAGAUACUGUUGGGAAUUGGAGCAGUGUUUUUGGCCCGACGGUAGUUUUUUUUUCACCCCUCGCUAACCUCCAUCCCAUCCUUAGCCGCGGUCCUUAGGGAAGAAUGGCAUUAUUUACAAAAACAGGAUUGGGAAAAAAAAUUAAUGUAUUUUGUUUUGGAAAUAUGGACCAUGCCAAAGAGGGCCAGCUCUGUCCUCCCCCUGAUCCUAAAAUCCCAGGAAUACUGGGAAUUCUGUGUGUAUUUAACAGUGUAAAGAAGAUUAAAUCGCCCAAAUGUAAUGUCAAACCUAAUUGACAGUGACCCGCUCGAUUACUAGCGACCGGUAGGGGGCGCUUUUCUUAUUGUGUACAUGCACUUUCAAUUGAAUUCCACAGCUUCCAGUACAUUCCAUAGAUAUAUUUACGAAAGCAUUCCUGAACAUUUUAUGAAAGAUAAUUAAACCGUAGUUACAUGUACACAUUUACAGACAUUUUGGACAUGUUUUGAAGAAAAAAUGAACAAAAAGAAUGUACUUAAACGCAACAUGAAGCUCCAAACGUCCAUAGUAACGCUAACAGGAUUCCAGAAGUUUACCAACAUAUUGGCAUUCCUGAACUCUUAACAUUUACCGAAUUCAAAAAGUGCACACAUGGCAGCAUUCCCAUAUACUAUAAAAUUUCACUUAAUCGGGUCAGCCUCAGACCUCCACACCUCAAGUUUGAACCAGAUGCCCCGAUAAUCCUCCCCAUUCACAGCAAUGUACAAAAAGAAAAAAAUAUAUGUAACAGUGGAGACAUUUGUGUAGCCCUUGUAGUCGACUUUUGAAAAAAUCUGGACCAUUUUGUGAAAACUGUACAGUAGUUGGAGCAGCUUGUUAUGUACUUUUUUUUUUUUUUUUUACUAAACCAAGAUGAGUGGUAGGUAAGCAAGGAUUUCAGAAAGUAGAUGUCUUACUAUCUUACUUUGAUUUUACUUUCUUGUAUUUUUAUGUUUUUUUCUGACUAAGUUUUGUUCCAGGCCCAAGCUAAGAAGAGUGGAGCAUUUUGUACAAACUAGUUAAAGUAUUAAUUCCAUUGAAAUUGUUGCUAUAAAUUGUACAAAAGAGAGACUUAACGGAAAAGGCAGCCUCUUGGACACAUAAGGACUAUUGUAUAUUUUGAAACAAGGCUGGAUGAUACGUCACAAUGUGGAGAGGAUUUUGGGACCAAUGUUGCCAGGGCGAUGGACAAUGGACCUAUCUCGCAAUCCCUCGGGCACAAAUGUCAAUGAUGCAUUCGUGGACCAAUGAAAGUGGGAAAAAGUAACACCUCACAUGUGUAUAUUUUAAAUACAAAGGAUUUUAGACUUAGUGUGACUUCUCAUUUCUAACACGUCCAUAGACAUUUGGAUAUUUAAGCCACUGAAAUUCCUCCCGCCUCCUGUGCGUUCCGAUGUUAACCUGUUUUUAGUUGCUUCCUGACCUGUGCUUUUGGCCUUUUCCGUUCGGCAUGUGUGUAUAUUCCCAUGGUAUAAUUUAUUCUGCUGUAUGAAGUAUUAGAAGUAGUGGGAAACUUGUACCUUCAGCCUGUUGGUGUGUUUACUGUAACACUGGCGUAACUGUUAUCAAUUAAAGAUUUCAAAAA